AUGUUAGGUAGUCUGGCUGAAGAUCAUAAAUGUAAGUGGGCAGAUUUUGUUCCUUCUCUUGUUAAGGCUUAUAACGCCACCAAGAACUCUUCUACAGGUUUUUCUCCUCACUUCUUAUAUAAAGUACAGCUUGAGUCUCGAAAAAGUCCUGUCAGAACCCUUCAUUGGAACAUGCUUCUUUCAUUUAUUUCUAUUCCUGAAGAAGAUGCAAAUUUACCUGUUGAAAUUAAGCCUAAACCAAAGCCUAGACGUGUUUCUAUACAGAAACAGUCUGAUGCUGAUUCUAGCUCUUCUGAAUCAUCAUCGAGUAUAUACAUCAUACCACAGAGGAGAGUUCCGGUUACUCGCAGUUGCAAUACUCGCGUUGAUUAUGGACAUUCUUCUGAUGCUCCUUCUAUUACUAUCCAUUCUUCAUUUGUUCCCAGGGUUCACCUAAAACCUGUGACAUAUUCCCCAGACAAUGUCCCAGUUACUCCAGUGAGUGUAUCAGUUACUCCAGUAAGUGUUUCAGUUUCUCCAGUCACUAUCCCAGUUGCUGCAGUUAGUGUUCCCGUUACUCCAGUAACUAUUCCAGUUACUCCAGUAAGUGUUCCAGUUACUCCAGUAAGUGUUCCGAUUGCUCCAGUAAGUGUACCAGAUACUCCAGUGAGUAGACCAAGUACUCCAGUGACUAUUCCAGUCAUUCCAGUACAUACGCCCGUUUCAUCUUCACGCCCUAUCCCUAGCCCUAGACGUGUGAUACAUCCACCGGAUAGGUAUGGAGAAUGGGUAUAA